UGACAUCAGUGUCUCAUUCUUGGUCUGACCGCCUUAGCAUGUGGUUCUUAUAGCAAGAGUGCUCAAAAAUCUUCGGAAAGACAAAAAGCUCUCAUAUUUAUCUACGUACAAUAGUCUUUAAAACAUCGUGAAGUGUUAAACAAAUAUAUACUAGAUAUAGUUCAUUUUUGUAUGUUUUCAAUCGGUCGGGUAUAAUUUGUGUAUUGUUUUCCACACUUUAUCGAUAAGAUAUAUUUUUAUUUAUUUCCUUAUCACAAAGUCUACCACCCUCAAUUCACCCCCACUACCACUCCCUGCCUUUGGGGGGUAAGAAAAGAUAAACAAAUCGAUUCGGUAAUUUUUUUUUUUCUUUUUUUUGGGAUUUUCGCAAUUUUAUAACAAGUCGAUAGUAGUCGGCGUGAACGUGCGUUCGCAGUAAUCACCAAGUCACCACGACGAACGAGGGUAGCGCGCAAUUCACAUUUUAUCCAGAACAACUCUUAACAAAAAAAUAAAACAAAACACUUAAAUAAACACAAUGUCUGACAUCAAGCCUAAAUUGUCACUACGUGCUGGUGUUAAUACUGCCGAGAAGUCACCAUCACCUUCAACAAAACUUAUGCUUAACCAUGGCAAGCCAAAUUUUACCAUUAAUCGGUUAAAGACAAAGACUGAUUCACAAUGCCCCUUCUCACCUUCUAAUCCAGAAGCAGCUUCGGUAGUUUUGAAGAGUACACCUAACAGCACAUCUAAUGGAUAUGUCAGGCCAACACUGAUGAAAAUCCCUCUUAGUGCUGAAAAUGAGGUUAGCAAAGUUGUUUUGAGGCGAACAAAACUGCCAGAAGAAAACGGCAAGCCCGUGCCACAAGAUGACGAACCGGAAUUCGUCAAAGCACAGCGAAAGAUUGCCGAACGAUUGGCUAAUCAGAAUAAUUUGGACUUUGAAAGUCGCAAGAGCGGUUACUUUACACAUGUCAUGAUAUCACCAACAUCACCCACAAAGCAAAUGGAACUUCCCGUAGUUGCCGAUCAUAAAACUGAAAAGGCUUCAGUUGUGGAAGUUGUUAGUAAAAGUGUUGCACCUGUAGAAGAGCCUAAGAAGCUUAUUGAAACACUUACCGAACCAAUUGAAGUCAAAGAGGAAGCUGAAGUGAAAACUGAAGAAGAUUUGAAACACAAUGAAACUGUUACAGAGAACGAAGCUGAUUACGAAAAACCAACUGAAAAUGACCAUGAAAAGGUUGAAGCUAGUCAAUUGAAUGGAUCAGCUGAAGAAGAAAAACCGACAGAAGUUGUUGAAGCUGCCAAAGCGAUGAUAGAAGAAUUGGUCCAAAAUGUUGCUAAGGAGGUUCCAGAAAGUGCAGUAGAAGUUUCAAAACCUGUUCAAAAUGGUGUAGAAAAUGGAGUUGAAAAUAACGCCGAAAAUGGCGUUCACAACGGAAAUGAAAAUGUUGUUACUAACGGUCACUCAAAUGGCGAUGUCAACGGUGAAUUCAACGGUGAAACUAACUCACAAGAAAAUAAUGCUGCUUCUCAAAGCGAUGUCAACUUUGAACCGAAACCAAUCACCUCAUUCGCCAAAGAGUUGUCAAGUGAACCCAAUAAAUAUCCAGAUACAGUCAAGGUCAUCAAAGAAGUUCAGCCAACAGAGCAGGAUGAGUUAUUGAAAGAUAUGUAUAAAAUGAAGUUUGACAUUCAUGCUGACAGUGAAGAUAUCAAAGUGAUACCAACGGUUAGAGCAACUGAAUAACGAGAAAAAGGCCAAUUAUUUAAUUUGCUAACAUACAUAAUUCCUAUUUUUAUUUUAAAUGUACUGUUAUUUGUAUUAUUGUUGAAAAUGUAUUUUUCAUUUGUUAUACAGUAUCAAGAGUUUUUGUUGUUGUUAUUGUAAAUAAAAAUGUUUUAUUUGCAUA